AUGAUUCAAAAUCAUCUUUGUAAAAACAAUACCAGACAUACAUCACCAUUUUGGUCCGAUGACGAAUAUGUGGAUGAAUCUGGUGAACAAUAUUCAUAUUGUGCUUUUGAUGGAAUGAAAACUCGAACAGUUUGGGUUAUUAACUAUGUAAAUAAUGAAGAUUUUUCAAUCAAUGUACCAAUCGAUGAUUCUCUUCAUCAAUUUGUUGGUGCCUUUUCGAAUACAAUCAAAAUGGAAACAUUAUUUGCAAACAAACAAGAUAAUAAAUUAGCAACGGAAAAAAUGCUUUCGCCUGAUUUAUCAAAAUUAAAUCUAGAUGAUUUAUUAUUACUUUUAUAUCGAUUACAACAAGAAACCAUGAAAAAUUCUGCUAGAACUUCAUCUUCUACAAUGAGUACUACGUCAACAUCAUCAUCUUCAGGUUUUAUAGAAAGUAAAGCUUCAUCGCAAAUGUCAUCUCAUCAUCCACUCAAUUCAAGAAAUUCUCAUUCAUCUUUUGCAAUGCACAAUGAAAUGCCAUCGUAUUUACAGGUCAAUAAUCGUCGGCAACAACAACCAUUGUUUACUGUAUCGAAUCUAGCUGAUGUACCAAAACAGUUGACAACAACACUAGCUCAACCUCUAUCAUCAUUUCAUUCUCAAACACAAAAACAUAUUCAUUCACCGAAUGAUGUUGUUGAUAAACUUCUACAAACAUUCAAUCUUCAUCAUAAUCAAAAAUUAUUUGAAAAUAAAUUACAACGAUAUUCACCACGUUAUACUUACCAGCAAUCUCAACAGCACAAAGCCAAACUUCUUUCAAAUCUUCUUUCAUUAAAAUCAAUCGAAAAAUUUCCCCGUCAUCAUCAUCAUUCCAAUUCAUAUCAUUAG